AUAAAGGAGUGGAGUUUGAUCUUAGUAUCAUAGCCGAGCUGCGAGUUGAUUGGAAUACAUCUCUCAAGACAACAUGAAGCUCUAUUUGAUUGCCCUGCUCGUUUUGACCGCCUUGGUUUUACCAAGUUUUGCUCAAGAAAAUGGAGCGACAGGGGACGCAACUGUACAAGAAAGUGACUUAGGAGGCGGUGGUGAUGGUAGCAAUGGUUCGACGACUGGCGACGAACCACAAGAGUCACCAGAGGAUAAACCUGAACAAGAAGUGCAGGAAGAACAAGAACAAGACGAAGAAGACAACGAAGAACCUCAAGAAGAYGURAAACCAGAGGACAUGCCUGCAGAACUCAGAGACGAAGCAGAGAAGGUAAAGCGGGGAGUUCCUCAAAUUUCCGUAAGAAGUUGCAGGAUUCUGAAGAAAUAUGGAUAUUGCAGAAAUGCUGGAAUUGCGCGUUUCUGUAUCAGCACUUGCCGACCAUGCGUUGACAGGCUUUCUCGCGGGAGCUGCCAUUUGCUGAAAACAAAGUACAAGCAAUGUCGUCACCACACUGGGCGCUUUUACUGUCGUAAGACAUGCGGACAUUGUGGUCAAAAACCAUUACCUCUUCAAUGCAAAAGGUAUAAGAGCAUCAAUGAUAUUACACGAAGGCAAAGCAAUGGUGACAAAAAAGCGCCAAGGAAGUGUGACAGCAAAUUGCCAGUGCGAUGGUAUCGCUUCGUUGGUGCACAAGGAACUAAUAUGCCGACCAAACCUACCAAACCAUGGCACUGUGGGACCCACGCCUCAGGUUAUGUGAUCGGUAGCCUCCCAAAGAUUCGUGGACUAACCGUUUCUCGUGAGGUCUGCUUUUCCUGGUCUGGCAAAAACUGUUACAACGCAAGAUGGUGGAAAGUCUACAUCAAGAUUACUAACUGUGGCCACUACAACGUGUAUUACCUCACACGACCUAGAGCAUGCCAUUACCGAUAUUGUGGCAACCUUUAAAUGAAUAUUAAGGAAAACAAACAGUGCAACAUGCACAUUGGAAAUGGYAAACACUGUAUUUACAAAAUAUCACUAUACACAUACAUCACGAGUACACACACUAGAGUACAAACAUUAAAUAUAUGCAACACUUUACACUAUUUACUACAAAAUAGUGUUAAUUAAACAAUAGAAAGCAAUAGAAUUCGCAUAAUUUAGCAGUAUUCAGUGGUAUUUAUGUUGCACAGUUUUAGUGUUUGUACUCUAUCAGGUUUUUUUAACGUUAAAAGUUCCUGCAAGAUGGUAUUGAAUGAAGAAGACAAAGCGACAAACAAACAAGGUCGGGCGAUUCUGAAAGAAGGRUAAAAGCUGAGGGRGCGAUAGAAGGAGGAGGGAAUCAGGAAAAAAACAGGAACAUUAAAUAAUCAAUAGAUCAAACAUUUUUGUAAAAGCAGUUUUCUAGUAAAAUAAAAAUGAUGCAUUCAAA